AUGGCAUCCGGAAAAGCAGCCAGAAUCCAACUUAGCGACGACGAGGUCGACGAUAUCCUCUACCUGACCCGCACAAACGAGAGCGCCGAACUCCAGCAAUACCUCACUCAACUGUCACAACAACACAACUGCAGUAUUGCCGCCCUGCUCGAAAGCACUGUCGACGAAGACAAUGCCAACACGCCUUUCCACUACUGCGCUGCCAACGGCUACGCUGAUCUCCUCAAAACACUCUCAUCACAACUCGACCCCUCGACAAGAACAGAAGUCUUGAGCCGCAAGAACGAAGCCGGCAACACAGCACUGCACUGGGCAUCCGUAAACGGCCACGUCGAAGCCGUCAAAGCCCUCAUCGACGGUGGUGUAGACGUCUGGGUCAAGAACGCCGCCGGACACCUUCCCGUUUUCGAGGCCGAGCGCGCGGAAAAGGACGAGGUUGUCGCAACUCUGUUGAUUGCUGGCGGAAAGGAAGAUGAGGAAAAGUCAAGGGCAGAAGAGGGUGAGGCUACAGAGGAAGACAAGGCUGAUGUCGAGGGCGUGACGAGUCAGAUGGGCGAGUCGAGUUUGGAGAAGUGA